AUGACAACUAACUUAUCACAGGAUCAAAUUAAAAUUCAAUUAGACAAAGUUGCAAAGAAAGAUCCAAAUAUUGAAAUAACAUAUAGUAUUGCAUCCUGCGUCGAUUUUCCUGAUGUUAUCAUUAACAAUGGCAAUGGCAAAUUAACUACAUCCAUCUAUCAUAAACCAGCUGCUGAGCCGCAUAUUCUUCCAUACACAUCGGAUCAUUCUCGACAUGUACAUCGUAAUAUUCCAUAUGCUGCACUAUUAUCUGCUGCUCGUCUAUGUUCUAAUAUCGAUGGUUUUCACAUGGACCGUGUACGUAUUGACAUGUCAUUACUUUAA